AUGAACCGGGGCUCUGUAUUUGAUACUUAUUUUGUCAAGGUCUUCGUUCAUGCAGCCGUUGCUCAGGAUGUGGUAUCGAGGACAGGGUCUUCAUUCAACGUCGCCUUGACGGUCGGUAUGGGGGUCGUUCUCGCAGUAUUCGCCGGAUUCGGUGUAUCAGGGGCUCACAUCAACCUGGCCAUGUCAAUAGGAGUAUCUGUAAUAGGAUUAUUUUCAUGGCGAAGGAUACCUGCAUUUUUCUUAGCCCAGCUUGUCGGUGGUUUCGCCGGGGCAUGGGUAGUAUAUCGAGUUUAUGAAGAUGCUUUUGAUCAUUUUGAUGGUGGAACUCGUCAAGCGUUUGGUGAGAAUGGUACGGCUGAAGUAUUUGCUACAUUCCCGCAGCCAUACCUGUCAAUGACGACUGGGUUUUUUGAGCAGGUAUUGAACACAGCUUUAUUAUUAGCCUCUAUAGGAGCUGUUAUGGAUCGUCGAAACAACGCUGCUCCUGCUGGCGUAGCCCCGUUCUUCUUUGGGUUGAUUGUGUUUACUAUUCUCAUGAGCUACGGAUAUAACGCUGGCGCCCCCCUCAAUCCCUCAGUCGAUCUAUCGGGACGUCUUUUUCUCACCGCCGCUGGGUACGGAAGAGAGGUCUGGACUCCCGAUGGCGUUCACUGGUGGUGGAUACCAAUCGUAGGACCAAUUGUUGGGGCUAUGCUCGGGUCCUGGGCCUACUUCCUCGCUAUCACCAUACACCAUCCACCAGAGGAGAUAAAUGUAACAGAUUACAACGAAAAUAUAGAAAACAUAGAACACAAUAACAAAGACGGAAUGGUGAACAACCACACGACAAGGCAUCAUAGUUUAACGAAUGCGACGACGAUCAGCGUGAGAAGACGACCCUCUGAUCAGGACGAGAUGUCGAGACCGCUAUCCGUCGACGCCAUCUUCCACAGUUCAUUAGAGAACGAUGCCACGAAUGAUAUGUAUUUGUGACUUUUGGCAAGAAGAGAAAAAACAUUCGAACUGAAAUUAUGAAUAAUAUGAUUAAAAAAAAGAACUUUAUGAAUAACGUGUGUAAAAAUUACUAUAAAAUUCUAACUGUAUCAAAAAUGCAUUAUUACCACUGACUUUGCUGGUUAUUGUCAUGGUAAUUAAUUCAAACGAGUUUAUUUUUCACUUUUUUGCACUCAUGUUCGGUGUAUUUGAUAUUUCUCAAACAUAUAGCCUUGGUUUUUCUGUAAAAAAAAUCGGAAUAUGCUCUCGACAUAAUUAUUUUUGUAAUAAUGUUUCAAGGAGUUCAAUAUUUUUUUUUUCCCAAAAUAACACGUGAUCAAUGGUUUAAACUAACCCAAGUUGCGAAUUAUUGAUGGUUUGCACAGCUAAUUACCAAAUAUGCAUACUUGCGCUUGUAACAGCUUGCUUCUCGCUUUUGCUAAACGUAGAAGUUUCAGACGAUGAUGAAAUUCGAAAACCAAAAGUGUGAUAGCCACUGCCCUUUUGACUCAUUUGAGAAGAAAUUUAAACAAAACUAAAAAAAAAAUCAAUGAAAAUUGAAUAAUUCGGGCUUAUAUAAAAUCAAAGCAUACACAUGUUUGUUUUGGCUUUCAGUAUAAUUGAUCCGAAGGAAAUAUUAGUGAUAGAACAUCAUUCUUUUAUAUAUUUCUACGGCAUUUACUAAACUAGUAUAUUAUUAAUGAUCCAAUAUCCAAAUUUUUGGCUGAACAGCAAAAAGUUUUAGGUCCAUAAUAUAAUUCACCAAAUAUAUAUAUAUCUCUUACUGUGCCAAUAUGAAUACCCCUUGACUGCCAGGGGUAUUCGAGGGAAUCCUAAAUUGACCGAAACCUAAGCAGAGGCUGAUUUUAAAACGGUCAUAACUCUUUACCCGUACGUUGUAUAAUGAAACCUUCUACACAUGAAAUGAUGCAUGGCUCAUGGACUUUAUGAUCAUGUUAUUAUCUUUCUUAUUCGCGUUUGAAAAAUGGAGAAAAAAUGUAAUAUUUUACAUCGUUUUUUUUCAAUAAGUAAAACCUAGAAAUUAUAAUUUC